AUGAAGCCAGCGGGAGUGUUCCUCCUGCUCCACCUCACUGCUGUGGGUCUGGGGUCAGGAGUCGAGACUCAGAGGAAUGAGAGUCAGUUCUUUCCCUCCUACAUGAUGCGUCUGUAUCGCAGCUUCAGCACCAAUCAGACUCCAGCAUCGGCAUCUUCUUUAUCAUCAUCUUCAUCAUCAUCACUUCAUUACCUUCAGCAUCUAGACACAGAUAAGGACAGAGCUGUGAGAGCCAACACAGUGCGCAGCGUCGCUCCCCGAAAUUUAGUCUUUCGGGACAGAAACUGGAUCACGACCUUUGACCUUUCCACUUUGCUCUCUGAGCGCCAUGUCCAGGCUGUUGAGCUGAGGAUCCGCGUUCCUACGGCAACCGGUCACCCAAACAUCACGGUGGAGCUGUGUCACCAUCAGGACCGGCCGUGUCCCAAACGCAGUGUGUGUGUAGAAGACCAGUCGCUGGGAUUUCUCCCAGAAUCCUCUCUGAUCAGCUCAUCCACUCAGUGGAGAGUUUAUAAUGUCACGGCUCGGCUGCUUCGCUGGAUGGACAACGUGCUCGCGCAGAGGAAGAGGAACAACAUGAGGACGAAGGUCAGAGGUCGUGGCCUGUCAGGCGUCAAGGUGGUGAACGCAGGAACGAAUCGAGCUCUGCUGGUGGUGUUCUCUCACGAGGGCUCAAGGGACAGAGAGCAGGACAAAGCGAGUCUGCUGCGUACGGCCGAGCGCUCCAAAUUCCUCCUGAGUGCAGAGAGUCAGGUGCUGAGGAGGGUGAAGAGGCAGAAGAGCCGCCGCAAGAACGAGAAGAACGAAAGAGAGAGAGAAAAUGAGAAGAAGAACCUCUGCAGGAGAGUGGACAUGUACGUCGACUUCAACCAGAUCGGAUGGGGCUCCUGGAUCGUCUUCCCUAAAAAGUACAACGCCUACCGCUGUGAAGGGGCGUGUCCCAAUCCACUGGGAGAGGACUUCCUCCCGACAAAUCACGCCUACAUGCAGAGUUUACUGAAACACUUCCACCCGAGUCGCGUCCCCUCGCCAUGCUGUGCUCCAGUGCGCACCAGCGCCCUCAGCAUGCUGUACUACGAGAACGGAGAGAUGAUCCUCAGGCACCAUGAAGAGAUGGUGGUGGAGGAGUGCGGCUGUCACUGAGGGAGUGAAGGAUCACGCUUCUACACCUCUGUCUGAUGGAAAGAGAAAAAAUGUGAACACUAACUGUAUGUAGUGCACUAGAUGUCCACACUAGAUGUGUGGCUCCAAGUCCUUCUCCUCCAUUGCG